AUGACUGACAUUGGUGCGAAUGGCAUCAAUCUGAGUGGUGGACAGAAAUGGAGAGUUUCAUUCGCUCGUGCUCUCUACUCGCGCGCCGGCACUCUGGUCCUGGACGACAUCUUCUCGGCCGUCGACGCAAAUGUGGGUCGGCACCUAUAUGAGAAGGCAUUGACGGGAGAGCUGUGCAGAGGACGAACUCGAAUCCUUGUAACUCAUCACGUUGCACUAUGCCUGCCAAAGACAACCUACAGCGUGCUCCUAGCAGAUGGCACCGCUGAUGUGGCUGGCCUCACAUCGCAGCUACGGAAGGAUGGCACGCUCAAGCGCAUCUUGGCUGAAGACGUCGAAGAGAAGCGGAAGGAGGAAGAAGAGGCUCUCAAACAAGAGCUAGCCGUCGACGAUGGCGGAGGCCUGUCAAAAAUGCUCACGAAUCAAUCCUUGAAGUCUCGUCGUGCAUCCAAUCUUUCUGCACCAGAACUCAAUCGCCGACGGUCCCACGCGACAAUAGAGAAUGGCGAAGUCCCAAAGAAGGACCCUCCCAAGAAGUUUACUGAAGAUGAGAAGCGCGAGACUGGCACAGUGAAGUGGGCCAUCUAUGCAAGGUAUAUUCGUGCCUGUGGAGGCUUUGGAUACUGGACUUUCAUCAUAGUGGCCUUUGGGGUGUGGAUACUAGUGUAUCUUGCCCGCUCGUACUGGAUCAGCGUGUGGACGCGGUCAUAUCGCACCGAGUCCGAUGACGACAACAAGGUUGGCAUCUAUCUCGUUCAGCAAGCUGGACAGACCAUACAUCACUACGGCAGCAAAUUGGCAGCAACAGAGCUCGAUGGUGAUCUUCGUUACUAUCUCGGAGUCUAUCUUGGUAUCUCGUUGCUCGCCUGGCUCAUCGGAACGGUAAGGUACUUCACAGUCAUGAUUGCAUCAAUCAGAGCAUCGAAGGUGCUGUUCGAAAGUCUGACAUUUGCCGUUCUGAGGGCGCCACUGCGCUGGCUCGACACAGUUCCGUUGGGACGAAUCCUGAAUCGAUUUACAUCAGACUUCGCAAUGAUUGACAGCAAGAUCGCGUACGACAUCUCGUUCAUGCUGCACAAUGCUAUGCAAGUGGUAGCAGUCAUCAUCGCGGGUGUGAUUGUCUCACCUUUUAUGAUCAUCUUCGCUGUGGUGCUGCUCGGUGUCUGCCUCUUCUAUGCCUUGCGGUAUCUGGCUGGUGCAAGAGAGGUCAAGAGACUCGAGUCGAAUGCAAAGUCCCCAGUAUUCGAACAAUUUGGCUCAGUCCUCACAGGAAUUGCCACCAUACGCGCUUUCGAUAAGACGGAUGCAUAUAUCGAAAGAAUGUACAAGAAGAUCGACACACACUGCAGAGCCUACUGGCAUUUGUGGCUGUUCAACAGGUGGAUGGGCUUUCGCUUGAACAUGGUCGGAGCUGUUUUCGCUGCCAUUGUCGCAGCACUCAUUGUCAGUGUCCGAGGAAUCGAUGCAUCCCUUGCGGGGUUCGCAUUAUCCUUCGCGCUCAACCUCUCGGAAGCCGUGAUUUGGAUGCUUCGCCAGUACAGCAAUGUGGAGCUGGACAGCAACGCGACCGAGAGAAUCGUGGAGUACUCCAAUAUUGCUCUCGAGAAGCAAGGCGGCGAAGAGCCACCGGCCGCGUGGCCGACCCGAGGGGAGCUCGAAGUCGACAACUUGGUCGUCUCAUAUGCGCCAGACCUGCCGCCUGUGCUCAAAGGCCUCACCUUCUCGGUUGCGCAAAAUCAACGCAUAGGCGUGGUAGGCCGGACAGGCGCAGGAAAGAGCUCACUCACCCUCGCGCUCUUCCGCUUCCUCGAAGCACGAUCCGGAAGCAUUCACAUCGACCGCAUCGAUAUCUCCAAGAUCAAACUACUAGAUCUCCGCUCCCGCUUGGCCAUCAUCCCACAAGACCCAGUCCUGUUUAGCGGCACAACGCCCAUCACCCCGGCUACGCCCACCUCCAACACCAACACCAACAUCUUCCGCUCCCUUCACUCCAAAAUCUCCGAAGGCGGCCUGAACCUCUCCCAAGGCCAGCGCCAACUACUCUGCCUAGCCCGUGCCAUCGUCUCCCGGCCUAAAAUCAUGGUCCUGGACGAAGCCACCAGCGCAGUAGACAUGGAGACCGAUGCGCUGAUUCAGAGAAGCAUAAGGGAAGAGUUUGGGGACGCGACGCUGAUUGUCAUUGCGCAUCGGCUGAGCACGAUUGCGGACUUUGAUCGGAUUCUGGUGAUGGGUGAGGGGAGGGUUGUUGAGUUUGAUACGCCGGCGAAGUUGAUGGAGAACGCGGAUGGGGUCUUUCGAAGUCUGGUGGAGGAGAGUGGAGAGCGGAGGGAGUUAGAGGAGGUAAUUAGAAGUGGUGGUGGCGGGCGGUAA